ACAGAAGUAAUAAAAAAUAAAAAUAAAAUCAUUGAUAAUAGAAAACAGCAUAUAGUACAUAAAAGUUAUCCUUUCAAGCUAUUAAAAUGAAAAAUAAUUCUGGUAAGGAAAACUACGGAGCAAAAGGUGGAGGAUGGGCAAAUCAAGUCAAGCAACAAGGCAGGAGCCAAGGUUCUAAAGAAAACCCUCAGCCAGGCUCGGAUAGACCAGGACCUAAUCAAAAGCAACAACAAGUUCUACGGGACUCUAAUUUAAACCAAGGCAGUGGCAAUCAAGAAUCGUGCGGCCAAAAACAAGGUGGUGGACGAAAUCAAACUUCGUGGGGUUCGUCAAAGCCCCAAGCAGACAAAGAAACCAACCAACAGCAACAACGUAGUCAACAUGAUGGUCAGCAGCCAACCGACCCUGGAUCAUGGGCUAAAAAGGCAGGGCAAACUCAAAAUCAAAGUUCGUGGGGCCAGAAAAAGAAUCAGCCAGGCCCAAAAGUAAAUCAAAUUUGUCAACAGCAGCAAAACGGCCAUGGAUCGUGGGCUGAACAGAAUGUACAAGGACAAAACCAUAGCUCAGGGGGCUCGACACUGCAUCAGCCAGUCCCACCUAGUGAAGGUUCGAUGCAACAGCAACAGCAAGGACAACAAAAAGCUAUGGUAAAUCAAGUUGGUCAGCAGCAGCAAACUGGCCACGGAUCGUGGGCUAAAAAGGAAGGUCAAACUCAAAAUCAAAGUUCGUGGGGCCAGAAAAAGAAUCAGCCAGGCCCAAAAGUAAAUCAAAUUUGUCAACAGCAGCAAAACGGCCAUGGAUCGUGGGCUGAACAGAAAGUACAAGGACAAAACCAUAGCUCAGGGGGCUCGACACUGCAUCAGCCAGUCCCACCUAGUGAAGGUUCGAUGCAACAGCAACAGCAAGGACAACAAAAAGCUAUGGUAAAUCAAGUUGGUCAGCAGCAGCAAACUGGCCACGGAUCGUGGGCUAAAAAGGAAGGUCAAACUCAAAAUCAAAGUUCGUGGGGCCAGAAAAAGAAUCAGCCAGGCCCAAAAUUAAAUCAAAUUUGUCAACAGCAGCAAAACGGCCAUGGAUCGUGGGCUGAAAAGAAAGUACAAGGACAAAACCAUAGCUCAGGGGGCUCGACACUGCAUCAGCCAGUCCCACCUAGUGAAGGUUCGAUGCAACAGCAACAACAAGGACAACAAAAAGCUAUGGUAAAUCAAGUUGGUCAGCAGCAGCAAACUGGCCACGGAUCGUGGCCUAAAAUGGAAGGUCAAACUCAAAAUCAAAGUUCGUGGGGCCAGAAAAAGAAUCAGCCAGGCCCAAAAGUAAAUCAAAUUUGUCAACAGCAGCAAAACGGCCAUGGAUCGUGGGCUGAAAAGAAAGUACAAGGACAAAACCAUAGCUCAGGGGGCUCGACACUGCAUCAGCCAGUCCCACCUAGUAAAGGUUCGAUGCAACAGCCACAGCAAGGACAACAAAAAGCUAUGGUAAAUCAAGUUGGUCAGCAGCAGCAAACCGACCAUGGAUCGUGGGCUAAAAAAGAAGGUCAAGCUCCAAAUCAAGGUCCCACAAAGUCGCAAGCAGUCCCACCUAGUCAGGGAUUAACGCAACAGCACAGACAAGGAUUACAAGACUCGAAGGUACUUCAAUCACAGGAAUUUUUGAUUCACCCUGGUAAUAAUAAGGAGAGUCGUGGUAGCGAAGACAAGGACGUAAAUGUCAAAGGAAAGGCUAUCGAGUCUCAAGCUCAGUUGGGUAAUCAGCAACGCCAACAAAUUAGCUAUCCUCCACUUCAACCGCCAGGUAGCCUUAAACGCGGCACUAUUGGCAAACCUGGACAGGUGGCAGUCAAUUAUCUCGAAGUCGAUUUGACAAAGAUGCCGUCGAAAGCAUAUCAUUAUGACGUGAAGAUCGUGCCUGAGCGGCCAAAAAAGUUUUAUCGCGAUGCCUUUGAACAGUUUCGUAUAAUCCAUCUGAAUAAUGUUAUAGCUGCUUACGAUGGCCGCGCCAAGUGCUAUUCUGUGGACAAACUAAAUACCGCUACUAAAAAUGGUGAUGUCAAGGUGACCGAUUCUCAUGGCCGCACUUUAAACUACAAUGUUGAGAUUAAAGAGACUACGGGUUUCCACGUCGACUUGAACUCUCUUCGCAGCUAUAUGAAUGACAAAAUCUACGACAAGCCCAUGCAAGCUUUGCAAUGUCUGGAGGUAGUUUUGGCGCAACCUUGUCACAAGAAAGCCAUUCGCGCGGGGCGCUCCUUCUUUAAAGCGGCUGAGCCUGGAAGGCGCUUGGAACUGGGCGAUGGUUACGAAUGCCUCAUUGGUCUUUAUCAGACCUUUGUUUUAGGAGAUCGACCUUUCGUGAAUGUAGACAUCUCGCACAAAUCCUUCCCCAUUGCUCUUCCUGUUCUGGAAUAUAUAGAACGCUACGUCCUAAAAGAAUCGAUUAAAAAUACAACCAACCUGGACAGAUUGUAUCCAACGAUAGAGGAUUUCUUGAAGGGAAUAUUUGUUAUUUACGAGCCACCGUCGUGUUUUAACAGUGCUCCACGCGUGUUUAAAGUGAACGGACUAACAUCAUCGUCAGCCAGAUACCAACAAUUUCAGUUGGAUAACAAAACCUUGACGGUAGAGCAAUACUUCCAAAGUCGUAAUUAUUCCUUAAGGUACCCGAAUCUGCGUUGUUUGUAUGUCGGACCGCUGGACAGGAAUAUCUUUUUGCCAAUCGAACUAUGCCGCAUCGAAGACUGCCAGUCGUUGAAUCGCAAAGACGGCGCUAAUCAGGUCGCGGCUAUGAUCAAAUUUUCCGCCACCUCGACCAAUGAACGCAAAGCCAAGAUCAUGAACUUACUUAAGUUUAUGCAACACAAUCUUGAUCCUUCCAUAAGUCGCUUUGGUAUUUACAUCCACAAUGAUUUUAUUGUAGUCCAUACACGAACUCUCAGCCCACCGUUGGUGGAGUACAGGAAUAAGCAAAUGUCGAUGGUUAGGAAUGGCUCUUGGCGCAUGGACCAACGCGCCCAGUUCUUGGAACCGAAACAGAAGGUCCAUAAAUGGGCCAUUCUUCAUUCAGAUGGGCGUCGCAGAUUGCCAUAUAAUCAGAUUGCUGACUUUGGGAACAUGUUCCGCCGUCAAGGACUUUCGGUAAAUGUCUGCUUAGAGGAAAUGCCCGACAUAAGAUGCUUUAAAGAUGAUAGGGAGUUGGAUGUUUACUUCGAUGACCUCAGGCGCAGUAAGUGCGACUUGGUGAUUGUGAUCAUACCCCAAAUUGGGGUGUCCUAUGACAUCAUUAAGCAGAAAGCUGAGCUAAAGCAUGGCAUACUGACACAGUGCCUGAAGCAACUCACUGUCGAGCGUAAAUUAAAUCCGCAACUGAUUGGCAAUGUUCUUCUGAAGAUCAAUUCGAAACUAAAUGGCAUAAAUCACAAGUUAAAGGAUGAACCGAAUCGACUGCUAUCAAAUGUAAUGUUUCUGGGUGCCGACGUUACCCAUCCAUCGCCGGAUCAAAGGGAGAUACCUAGUGUUGUUGGUGUAGCUGCCUCACAUGAUCCCUAUGGGGCUGCCUAUAAUAUGCAGUAUCGUUUACAGCGCUCAGCUCUCGAAGAGAUCGAGGAUAUGGAAACUAUUGUCACGGAACAUUUACGUAUUUAUCAUUCAUAUCGCAAACGAUAUCCGGACCAUAUUGUCUAUUAUCGCGAUGGAGUGAGUGAUGGCCAAUUUCCAAAAAUUAAGGCGCUCGAACUGAGAGGAAUUAAUGCGGCAUGCGCCAAGCUGGGCAUUAAACCCAAACUAUGCUGUGUAAUCGUGGUAAAACGCCAUCACACACGAUUCUUUCCCACCGGUGUUCCUUCGCAAGCCAAUAAAUUCAAUAAUGUGGAUCCAGGGACAGUUGUAGAUCGCGUGAUUGUCCACCCAAAUGAGGUGCAAUUCUUUAUGGUUAGCCAUCAAUCCAUUCAGGGCACAGCCAAGCCAACCCGUUACAAUGUCAUCGAGAACACUGGCAACUUGGACAUUGAUUUGUUGCAGCAAUUAACCUUUAACCUUUGUCACAUGUUUCCUCGCUGCACUCGCUCGGUUUCGUAUCCAGCUCCAGCAUAUUUGGCCCACUUGGUGGCCGCACGUGGACGUGUCUAUCUUACAGGAACUAAACUGUUCAAAUCACCCAAGGAAGAAAACCAGAAGCGUUUAAUCUCUACCUCCUUGACAACAGCAAAUCCAAUGUUCUUCGUUUAAUAACAAGUAAUAUCAUUAUCAUUAUCCAUAAACUUUUCUGACGCUUUGCGCUGGUCCUGUCUCGAUUAAUGCCAUACCAAAUUUUGUUAAAGGAAUUUGUGAUAGUAACAAAUGUGUACAUAGACUGGACCGCUUUGUCUUACCAAUAUCAUUAACAUUGUUUAACCUUAUCAGCAGCCACUUCACUUAAAAACAUUCAAAAGCAAUCUUAACCUAAAAUAUAAACCCGGGACUUAAUUGUUAGAUGCAGGUUAUAUGUACAUAGUGCUUGUGAAUGUGUGUGCCUUGAUCUUUCCCAAUAAUUAAAAAACUAUUUGCACGUAAAUGAUAA